UCUUUCUACCAUCUUGGAUUGCGAAGUCCUUUUGAUAAAUUUCAUUUCAUCAGGAAUUUAUUUUAUAAUUUAUUUCAAAGUUUUAUUUUUCACUAUACAAAGCUUGACAUGUGUGUAGUGCAAAUUAAAGUUCACUUUACUGUCGCUAAUUAAAAUUAUCGAGAUUUUUGUCGCCCUCAAAUUAUUUUAGUUUUGAUUUGUUGGCCUAUUAACUUUCUGAACUUUCGUAGAAUCUUGACAGUCAAAAUUUAAUAUUAGUAUUAGCUACCAGAAUCUAGGAUAGAAAGGAUGACUCGUUUCGAUCAGAAAAGCAGCAGCAGCAAGAAUGACUGGUCUCGGGAUCGUGAAAAGUCUCGCAGGUAUCGCAGUAGAAGUCGUAGUAAUGAUCGCGGCAGCAGGACUAAAUCGUACAGAGAUAAUCGUAACAGUGGAAAGAACGGUAGUUCACUGAGAGCACCGAAAUGGGAUUUAUCUAAAUUGAGCUCUUUUCAAAAGAAUUUUUAUAACCCUCAUCCAAAUGUUCUGAGCAGAUCUGACGAAGAAAUAGACUCGUACAGAAAUGAAAAAGAAAUCACUCUGAAAGGAGAUAAUAUACCGAAACCAAUUCGUUCUUUUACGGAAGCAGGUCUCCCCGAUUUUAUUCUAAAAGAAUUGACAAAAUUUGGAUUUACCGACCCAACUUCUAUUCAAGCGCAAGGUUGGCCUAUUGCUUUAUCUGGUAUGGAUUUAGUUGGAAUAGCUUCAACUGGUUCGGGAAAAACGUUGUCAUACACUGUACCAGCGCUGAUUCAUAUUUCUCAACAACCCGAGCUGUAUCGUGGAGAUGGCCCUAUUGCUUUGAUUUUAGCACCGACUCGAGAAUUAGCCCAGCAAAUUCAACAAGUCGCUUCUGAUUUCGGUAAAGCGAUGGGUAUUCGGAAUACUUGUUUGUUCGGUGGGGCACCUAAAUUCAACCAAAUUAGAGACUUGGAGAGCGGAGUUCAUAUCGUUAUCGCAACACCUGGGCGUUUGAUCGACUUUCUGGAAAGUGGCAAAUUGUCUUUAAAGAGAAUUACCUUCUUAGUUCUCGAUGAAGCUGAUCGUAUGUUAGAUAUGGGUUUUGAACCUCAGAUUAGAAAAAUUAUAGAUCAGAUACGCCCUGAUAGACAACUCUUAAUGUGGUCUGCCACGUGGCCAAAGGAAGUGCAACGUUUAGCCGAAGAAUAUCUACAUAAUUACAUUCAAAUCAACGUCGGUUCGCUGGCUUUGUCGGCAAAUCACAAUAUACAACAGAAUGUUGAAUUAUGUCAAGAGUACGAUAAAGAGAAAAGAUUGAUGAAUUUAAUGGACGAAAUAAUGUCGCAAACUGACAAUAAAACGAUUAUUUUCAUGGAAACGAAAAAGAAAGUCGAUGAUAUUACGAUGAAACUGAAAAACCAAGGGUGGCCCGCAAUCGGUAUACACGGAGACAAAAGUCAGCAAGAGCGAGACUCUGUUCUUCAUCAUUUUCGCAGCGGUCGAAGUCCAGUAUUAGUUGCUACCGAUGUUGCAGCUCGUGGAUUAGACGUCGAAGACGUGAAAUUUGUUAUAAACUUCGAUUACCCAAAUAGCUCGGAAGAUUACGUGCAUCGCAUCGGCCGUACCGGACGAUCCAGACAAACCGGUACAGCUUAUACGUUUUUCACUCGUAGUAACGCCAAGCAAGCGUCUGAUUUGAUAUUGGUUUUAACCGAGGCUAACCAACCUAUACAUCCGAAAUUACAAGAGAUGGCCAACGAAUACCAAUCUAGAAAUUAUAGUUAUUCGAGCUCCAAGCAACGUUAUCGUAAAUCAGACGGUCGCUCGAAACCAUCGUACGAGCCUUAUACGAUGAAACAGUCGAACAGAUCGCGCAGCAAAUCGCCGCAAAAUAAUUACUAUCAACAUUCUGACAGCGGAGCCAGGUCGACGGCCGCGGAUAAGUACUCGCCAUCGAAACCCCUGCAACAAAACAGAGGUGUUUCGUCGUCGUCCAAAACGUCGCGAUUUUCGUCAUCUCAACAACCAAACAUUCCUAUGGCAUCGCCAGUCGUCUCAACGGCCAGCCAGCAACCUACUUUAUCUGCCUGUCAAAUGUCCGUUCCACCGCCGCAGCCGUACUCGCAAUAUUUCUUAUCGGUGCCGCCUCCUCCGCCACCGCCUGCAUCUCAAACUGCUAAUCCCCCGUUACCAUCUCAACCUCCUCCACCUCCACCACCUACGCAAUGUAUACCGUAUCCUUAUUAUUCUCAGUAUAUGGCUAAUUAUGCCGCUUACGCCGGUUACGUACCUCAGUAAGAAAUAACUGCCCUUUUUCCUUUUUUUCUUGACUGUUGUGCAAUUAAUUCGCGCUAUCGUAGCGCAUUGUUAGAUUUUUCUCAACAUGAUGUAUCGUCAUCGUCGUCGUCGCUCUCGGAGUAUUUCGGAGUCGUGAAUAUAACGCAUCAGCAAUAUUAUGUAAUUUUUUGACCAUUUUUUUUCUCAUCAUUUAUUUUUGCGUGUAAAUAGCGUUGCUUUUCGAGUUUCGUUUUUUUUUCUCUUCAUUUUUCAAAGUUGAUUAUUAUUUUUCUUUAGUUACACUGUUUCGGAAGUAUUAACGACAUGUUAAAUUCAAAAUAAUCUAUGCAAAGAAUUUAAUUUUUAUUAAUUUGAAUUUUUUUUUUUUUGUUAUAAUAACGAAAUAAAAUUUAUCAGUCGUAUGAA